AUGGGGGACUGGUUCCUGUCCAUGAAUUAUACCAACGACUCAAAAAGUGUGGAUGUUAACGGAGCGGACAGCGAGGAGAGUUUGUCGGAGCAGUGGCUGGUGGCUAUGGGCAUGGUCAUGGUUCUGAUCGUGGUGAUCACGGUGCUUGGAAAUAUCCUGGUGAUCGUGGCUAUAGCGCGCAAUCAGAGGCUGCAGACCCUUACUAAUGUGUUUAUUGUGUCUCUGGCGUGUGCUGACCUGAUCAUGGGUUUGUUAGUGGUGCCUUUUGGGGCUGUUCUGGAGCUUAAGGGCUCGUGGUUAUACGGCUCGUACUUUUGCGAAGUAUGGAUUGCGGUAGAUGUCCUGUGCGUCACGGCGAGCAUCGAGACCCUGUGCGUGAUCGCCAUAGACAGAUACAUUGCAAUCACAUGGCCUUUUCGGUACCAAAGCCUACUGACCAAAACAAGAGCCAAAGGGGUCGUGUGCGCAGUUUGGGCAGUUUCGGCUCUGGUCUCAUUUCCUCCGAUCUUACUGCACUGGUCAAGGGAUGGAGAAGGCACUGCGUGCUAUGAAGACCCGGAGUGCUGCGAUUUCAUCACCAACAGGGCAUACGCGGUGGCAUCUUCGAUUAUAUCCUUCUACAUUCCUUUAGUGGUGAUGGUGUUCGUGUAUGCCCAGGUAUACCGAGAAGCCAAGAAACAGAUGCGCAAAAUAGACAAGUGCGAAGGGAGGUUUUACUCCAGCCAAGUUGUUUCUGUGAACAGAAAGCGACCAGUGGCGAUGAAAGAGCAGAAAGCACUGAAGACCCUGGGCAUCAUUAUGGGCACAUUCACUCUCUGCUGGUUGCCCUUCUUUCUGGUAAACGUGGUGCGCGGAUUCUGCGCCAACGCUGUGGACAAGGAGCUUUUCGUAUUUUUUAACUGGCUCGGGUAUGCCAACUCAGCUUUUAAUCCACUCAUUUAUUGCCGCAGUCCGGACUUCAGGAAAGCUUUCCGCAGGCUGCUGAUGCCCUGCUGGCCGAGGCGGGCAGAUGCCAGUCUGAAUAUAAGUUCGUGUGAACUGUCCCGUUGCGCCGUGGAGAGCCGCGCAUUGACAAACUGGAACGACUGGAACGGUACUCUGGAUAGCAACUGCAGCCUGGACAACAGCUGCAAAAUGUUCCACACAGAGUCGCAGCUCUGA